GAUAAGACUCACUUCCCAAAAUAACUCAUAAUAAACUAUCAGAAUGGACUCUACAGUACGAACCUUUCAAGUCUUUGGCCUUACCUCGAGCCUUGUCCUGGCGGGCAUAAACCUUGGCUCUUCACACCUCACAGUCCCUCUUCUCUACAACCAGCCUGCCUCCAUUAAUACACCCUUCUUCAAAGACUUCUACACCCGCGGGGCGGUUACUCUUGUGCCGCUCUCUCUGUUCUCAGGUGCAUCUUCUGGAAUAGUUGCUUAUCUUGUCCCGGCUCAACGUACACUCUGGGCAUUUGCUGCUAUCGCUACAGUGUCUCAGUUGCCCUGGACGGUGCUUGGGAUGAUGGCAACGAACAAUACACUCAACGCUAUCGCUACUAGUAGUAUUGAGCAGGAGAAAGUUGGUCGUGAUGAGGUUGUGGCUUUGUUGAAGAAGUGGAGAUGGAUGAAUAUCGUUCGGGGGCUUCUGGCCUUCACUGGAGGCUUGUCUGCUAUCCUGGCUCUUCAGAAUGAGUAGCAACUUAAAAGGAGGAACAUUGGGAUAGCUUCAUAGUCUUAUGCGAGUUAUAUUGUCAAGAAUCGAUGACCUUUCUCAUAA